UUUGCAAUGAAUUUUGAUAACAACGUUUAAAAGGAAAAAUGAUUGUAAAGAUUAAAUAUAUUGUAUAUUUUGUAACAAUUUUCGUUUGUGUUAUAAAUGCACAAGAGUUAAACAAAGAACAAACAGUAUUAGGUGAGACAAGCAAAAAGCCGACUGAGACGACAACAAUAGCACCACCAUCAAAGUCCAUCAACAACAAUGAGGAAUAUCAUGAGGAAUUAGUUGUGCAGCCAUUGGCGUCUGGAUUUAUUAAUACCUAUUUUCAAUUUACUACAAGAUGGUACUAUGGAAAGCGGGAAAAUUUGCACAAUACUAGAUUAAUUCCCAGAUCUAUUGCCGAAAUCCUACUACAUUCGGAUGUGAAAGAAUUGCACAUCUCCUUAACCCAAGGACUUUGGCGUUACGAGUCUUGGGGUUAUCCUAUUGUUGACAGUGCUCCCGGUGCUGAAGCUUGGGCUUGGUUUGCAGGGGAAAAUCUAACGGAAACUUCAGUAGAUGAGCAAUGGAAAAGUGUGACCAGUACUUUUUCGGGUAUUUUAUGUGCCUCUUUGAAUUUUAUGGAUAAAACUAACACUAUAAAACCAAACUAUGGUUUCCAGCCACAAUUUGUGGGUCCGGCGAGUAAGAAUGCAAAGAAACAUGUUAGAUAUUCGAGUUUGCCGCGUGAAAUUGUUUGCACGGAAAAUUUAACGCCCUGGAAAAAACUACUGCCCUGUAAUAGUAAACAUGGCUUUGCUUCGCUACUUAAUUCGGGUAAUGUUCACAAUACCAACUAUCAUUCGUUGGCCAUUAAAGUACGCACUCUUUGUAAUAACAAAGAUGAGUGUAUAUUAGAGUUCAUAGAAUCGGCCAAUUUAGUGUAUGAUCCCAAGUUGUUGGGUUCUGCAAAUGAAUAUGAUUUCUCCUUAAGACGCAUGUUUGGUCAAGGUUUGAAUGGUUACUGUGCUCUGGCCGAUUCGAGUAAAAUUUAUGUUAAUUUGCAGACCCCUCUGCCAUAUGAAAUUACUCCGCUGCCCAACUAUAAUACAACAACCACGCGUGGAGGCUACACCACACACUAUGGUGUUUACGAUAUACAAGCAUCUAGAGAAUCGCGACUUUUCAACAUAGCAUGGGUUUUACGCAAACCACAAAACGUUGUACUCGCACCAUCACCACCACCCCUGUUAACACAUCGCUAUAUUGUGGGUAAUGGCCAGGAAAGGGGUAAAGUUAUAACUCAUCUCACCAAUACACACUACAACGUUUUACCCAUUAUUCUCCAGGAGAAUAUACCCUGGUAUAUGCCCAUCUAUAUGCAUACGCUAAAGAUACGUGAUCGCCUCACUGGUGAACUAAUUACACCCAAGAUUAUAAAUUACCGUCCUGGGGUGCAACGUGAGAGACCCUACUAUUUGGAAUUGGCCUUUAAAUUGCCGGGAAAAACAUCCGUAGAAAUAUCAUUUGAUUUUGACUAUAUAUUCCUGAAAUGGCUGGAAUAUCCACCGGAUGCCAAUCAUGGUCACUAUGUGGGAUCAGCUGUUAUAACCACCCAAUUGCCUAUAGCUCGUAAUUAUUCGUCCAUACCUUUGUCGGGCUAUCGUUUCGCUGAUUCCUUUAAUGCCUCACGAAAUUCGUACAUUUUAACAUUGCGCACUGAAACCUUAAUACUUUCUUUGCCCACACCCGACUUUAGUAUGCCCUACAAUGUUAUUUGCCUGGCUUGUACUGUGGUCGCUUUAGCCUUUGGUCCCAUUCAUAGUGUCGCCACCAAACGCAUUGUUGUGGAGCAACAAGAUUCCGAGGCUGGUCAGUCGUUUGUGGGUAAGUUUCUGAAGAAAUUACGCAAGUCGAAGAGCAAAACUGUGAACAAUUCGUCGGCCAAAGAUGUUACAAUGCAGGACGAAAAAGCUAAAAUGUGUGAGCAAAUUAAGUAAGUCCAGGUAUAGUGCUGUAUAAACAGCUUCUAAUGUACUAGUCUAGUAUUAAUUAUUUACAAAAAAAAUUAUAAACUAUUCCAUCGUUUUGUAUUUAAUUGCGUUUAAUUAUUUUCUUUUGUUACAAUAAAAAAGAUUAUUUUUUAAAAUAAAAAAAA